AGGGUGUUGAGAACGCGGCGCCUGUUUCCAAGGUCAGCUGAAUAGCUAACGACUUACUUAGAAGGAGCUUUAAAAUAUUUUCGGAAUUAAUGAGUAAUUCAGUCCAGCAUGUCUCUUUCCAGGGGGUGGAAAUCCCAGGGGGUGGUAAUCCCCACUCAGAGUGGCCUGAGGAUGGGGGAAAAUGGAGUGAGGAUGAGGAUGGAGGUGGAGUUGAAGAAUGUGAUCUACAGGAGAUGGCUGAAGAAGAUGAGGAAAUAGAUCUGUACAAUGAAGAGACUUUUGGACUAGAUCUUGACAUGGCUGUGGAAGACGCAGAAGGAGAUCCAACUGAUCUCUUGCUCUUCUGUGGAGACAAGUCACCAACACCACCUUCACCACGUCCUUGCACUCCCAGCUCCCCCUCCCUCCCAAAACGUGGACCUCAUCCUCAAAUUCAGCCACAGGCCUGGUCAGGGAUGCAGUCAAGGGAAAGGGGGGACAAGGACCGUCUUGGAGGGAGGGGGAAAAUGUUUGAUGACCCAGCUGUAAUGAGGACUGUGGAAGGAAGGCCCAGCUUGAAGAGUCUGGACAGUGCAAUAGUGGACAGUGGCACCAGCUCCUCUUGGCAGGAUAAGGACUCGGAUGCUUGGGUGUUGUCAUCCUAUGGCACUCAGAGAUGUGUUCCAGGAUCUAUACUACAGGACAAGGCUAUUGUCGGUGUCAUUGAUCGACCCGCUCCAGGCAGAAUCUUGCCUACCACUCUGGACUUCCUGUCGCCUCUUCAGCGUCCUUUCCCAGCAUUCAGAGGGGCUGGGCCAGGCAAGCGACAAGGGCAACUCCCAACGAGGCCUUUUGGACAAAGAUAUCUGUCUCAAAUGCAGAUGAAUCCCAUGAUGCCUCGCUCACCUGUCCAUCCUCAGCAGCAGUAUGGGCAGUCUGGAAGCUUGCGCUCCCCAUCCUCGUUCCCCAGACCUCCUGUCUCACAGGCCUUCACCCCGAAAAUGAUGCAACUGAGGUUUGGAGCCCACUCUCCAACCCCUGCCCCAUUCUAUAGCCCCUCUGCCAAUCCUGUGCAGAGAUUUAGAUUUCCAGGUCACGUGACACAGCUCCACCCCCAGCACCGACGGCUUCUAAGCCAGCGUCAACAGAGAGGUCACAGAAAGACUGAGAGCUGGGACCCUCAUAGUCAGCUCAUGUCUUUGAAGGAGAAGGAGUGGAUUAUCAGACUGCAGAUGAUUCAGCUUCAGAGUGAGAACCCACACUUGGAUGAUUAUUACUACCAGGAGUACUACCACCGAAUGGAAGCCAAGCUGGCAGAGGAGGAACUGCUGGGAGACCGGGCAAAGAGGGAACCCCCAAAGCUCACCACCCCUUAUGUCACCAAGACCGAUUCUUAUACCCCAGUUGUACACAUUGAAGGCUCUUUGGGACAAGUGGCUGUGUCAACUUGUUUCUCCCCACGGCGAGCAAUCGAUGCUGUUCAUGCACACUGUCCAGAAGAGGAACAAAAAGACACCAGACAACAGAGACUAGCCGUUCUUCACAACUUGGAAAAGCUGUUCAUGACCCUGCUGGAAGUGGAGGAGGGUGAGAGGAGGAGGGCCGCGGUGUUCAGCGAGGGCGAGAGGGGCAGGCUGAGGGAGAAGAUGCAGAGACGAGUGGAGCUGAUCUACAGACAAAUGCAGCACCCUGUUGCUCUAGAGUCGGGAGAGGAAUUCUUGCCUUGUCUCCUGGUGUCCAAAGGGAAGCGACUGCUGGCUCGGCUCAUCCCCUUCCUGUCUCAAGAGGCUGCACUGCACAUUCUGAGCAUUGUUACGUCGCACCUCUCAGUCCUGAUGAGCAGAGACACAGACGAGGCACUCCCAGUGCUGUAUCCAUCCCUGUGCACUGUGAUUGGACGGCUGUCGUUUAGUCAGCUUAUCGGGGUGCUCCGGAAUUUCACAUCUAAAUCACCUGAAACCAAAGAGUCCCAACUUUCACUGGCCUGUCAAAACAAGUUUGGGAUCUCUCUACUUUAUGCCCUGCUAUCUCAAGGGGAGAGACUGCUGUCCUCUGAAGUUCCCAUGGAGCCAAGCAUUGGUGAUUUUGAGACAUGGACCGAGACUGUGUUUCAGGUGGCCCGGCAGCUCUCUCAGUGCUCCCUGGUGGAGCCCCUGCUCUUACCCUCAAAUCUGCUGUCCCUCUUCUGCCGCUACCUGGACAAGCGCACCGUCCACCAGCUGGAGAACAGCAUGGAGAGGUCAACAACUGGUUGUCCUGCUGUCCCUUCCUAAUGGCGGAGAUGAGAGAAAAUGGAGAAAAGAAGAGAGCAGGAGAAAUAUGUAUUGUUCACUGAGCCUAAUGUUUCUGGGGCUAUAGAAUCAAUCUGGGUGAAUUGAUUAAACCCCUGAAUUCAGUUAAAUCAGGAGUGUGUGACAAUGUACCGGUUGCCUUGUACACAGAAUUCUGUGAAGUCCUUUAAUUGCUCCUGUUCUUCAUUUUCUUCCCUAUUGCACUAUUUCUGUUAAUUCUUUUUCACUUUUCCUUUCCUUUUCCAGUUCUCCCUUUCAACUCCAGAUACUGUACCCUGCCUAUGUCUGCUGAUAUUCCCAUACUCCAGGUCCAUGUACAUUCAGAGUAUAUUGAUAUUGUGAAAGGAUGGCCUAAAAUGUAGUCCAACUGACUAUAUUGCCUGCUAUCCUUUUAGCCACAUUCCAUUCAUGACCUUUACAGAUUGACUCAUUUAAUGUUUACCAACAAGAUGGCUGUCAUUUUCUGUUAUUAUUGUGCUGUUUUACAAUAUUUAAUAUUUCUGCAGUAUUCUCUGGUGAUGUAAUGCUCGGAGUUUGCCAAUAGAUGGUGCAAAUUGACUUUGCUCCACUGGUUAAAAGCCAGAUCGGUCUCUAUAGUCAACCUGUUCCACUUGACAAUGCUACAUUACCAUUCUCUGUCCUUCAGAAAUGUUUUGGGAAUGUCAGUGUAAUAUCGCAGUGUAUUCCAUUACAGUAACACAGAAACCAUGCUUUCUGCGCUGUCCAGUUAGUUCAGUUCCAUCUUGAACAAUGGUUAAAAUGGAAACCAUAAAGAAAAGCCUAUUCUGUUCGACUGUACAUACAGAUGUAGUGUAGAUUCUGUAUAUGAAGCAAGACUUCUGAAAUACAACUCAAGAAGAGUAGUGUCCAAUGGGGUUUGAAUAGCAAUGUGAAUAUGCUUAAUAUUUUUCAAUUGCACCUUGAAGGUAAAUGGGUUCAUUGUUUUAAGAAUGAUGCUGUCUUUUCUGUAAUUCCUUUUCCAAGUGAGAAUGAUUGGUUUACAAACGUACUCAUAUUUGCAUUUCUUUACUAUUUUUUGAUUAUUGCCAAAGGAAGUUAAACCUAAUUUUCCCAUUUCAAUCCUAAUUGAAAAUUGUAUCUAGUUUUAAUUUGGUUUUGAGUUUUGUUUAAAUCCGUGUAAAUAUUUACUACAGUGUCACUCUUGUACAGCACUUGCAACAUUAAAUAUUUGAAAAUGUAAA